AUGAAUAAUCACAUCGUGAUUAAAAAGCAGUGGUUUGUGUCCUCAAAAACUGAAGACAUUCUAAAUCAUUACUCAUUUAAUAAAGAAAUCGGAAGCGGUGCAUACGGAAAGGUUUUUGUAGCUACUGAACUGACUACAGGAAUCACAAGGGCCGUAAAAGCAAUCCAGAAAAACCGAGUCAGCGACUACACAAGCUUCCAAAACGAAUUUGAAAUUCUUUCACAUCUGGAUCACCCAAAUAUCGUAAAUAUCAUCGAAACUUUUGAAACUGAUCGUCUUUGUUUUUUGGUAUUAGAAUAUUGCUCUGGUGGAGAAUUAUUUGACAGGAUAGCCACGAAAAGAUACCUUACUGAGUAUGAAGCAGCCGCGAUUAUGAAAGUUUUGUUCUCAGCUGUAGCUUAUUGUCAUGACCAUGGUGUUUGUCAUAGAGAUAUCAAGCCUGAAAACUGCCUUUUUGCUAAUGGAUAAUUAAAAUAUGGCGUCUUCGUCUAGGUAUGACCUCACGGCCAUACAUCCUCGACUCAUAUUUUAAUUAUAUCCGGCAAGGUUUUUCUAGCCUUGAAAUGGAAAGCAACGCUAUGGUAACCAAUUCUGCAGGUAGCAGAGUCUAGCCCAAGUCCGACUUCGAGACUGGUUUUACCUCGAAGGAAAGGAGAGUUCAGAUUUGGAAAGGGCAAGCCCAGCAAGGUCUAUAGGUAACCCCUAGACCAAUCGGGCAACUGCCUAGCGUGAAACUCGGCGUUACGUCCCAGGAUCUGGAUUUCACCCUUUUGCCUGAAGGCUACCAGAAAUUCCAUUUUUUUGAAUUUCGGAAUGCCAACUUCGUAAUCCCUCAGCCUCAUGAGGUACAAACCCCGUAGACUGCCCACUCAACACUGGAGUCUUUUACAAGAGACAAGGAGGAGGCCCGACGAAAGGAAGGUCGCAAAGCGGUUGAAUCCCAUAGGGAUCCUCGGUGAUUGCGUUAAAAUUAAGGGCGCGAGCCUGUCUACAUAAUGUAAUGCCUUUUUGCUAAUGAAUCUCCUGAAAGUGAUAUAAAACUAAUUGAUUUUGGCCUUUCUAAGGUAUUUGAUGAAAAUGAGAUGAUGCAUACGCUGAAUGGGACACCAUAUUAUAUAGCUCCUGAAGUUUUGAGUGGAAACUACACUUAUCAAGUUGACUGUUGGUCUUUAGGUGUUAUUUUAUAUAUUAUGCUAAGCGGCUCUCCUCCGUUUAAUGGUAGAAAUAACCAAGAAAUUUUGAUGAAUGUUUUCAACGGAUAUUAUAAUUUCAGAAAUCGAGCUUUCGAUAAUGUGUCAGAAGCAGCCAAAGAUUUGAUAUCUAAAUUGCUCGUAAAAGACGCAAAUUUCAGACUUACUGCAAAAGAAGCUUUAAAGCAUCCUUGAAUUACAGGUCUUGCACCUUCUCAACAAAUAUCAUUACCUACAUCAGUUUUUGAUGGCUUAAGGUCUUUUGCCCAAGCCAGAAAUCUUAAAAGAGCUUCUUUAAUUUACAUAGCCAGCAAACUUUCAGAAAAAGACCUGCAGAGCUUAAGAGAAAUGUUUAACUCAUUAGAUAGUGAUGGAGAUGGGUCAAUCACUAUAGAAGAGCUCCACAGCGCAUUAUCAUCUUCAGGCCGAUCUUUUGACAUCUCAGCAAUCGCAACCUUAUGUGAAAUGCUUGACUCAAACAACAACGGGAAAAUUGAUUACACAGAAUGAAUAGCUGCAUGCAUGCAAAACCAAAAAUAUUUAAACACAGGACUGCUUAAAUCUGCAUUCCAUAUAUACAUAAAAUGGCGUAUGACGUCCGACCCUCCUCCCAGUGACGGUAACCCAUGUAUAUCCGGGCAUGGUUUUCAGAAAAAGCGACUUAGCCCAGCAGUAUCUGGACCCUGGUGGCGACCAGGGGAGAACACAGACCCGCUGAUCGUGGCCAGAUCCCAGGGCAGUUAGGAGCAUCUUCUUUUUCCAGCAGCGCCCAAGCCAGUGGGUGCCCGAUAUGGAGCAGGGCGACUUACCUGCUCAGGCUACUACUGUGGUCUGCCCCGAAUCGCGGAAGCGAUUGAGAUUUUUUCAAGCGGAUAAGCUGGGAAAAAGGGAGGCAGAUUAGACAACAAGGUGGUCUUUCCAGUUUAAAAAGGGUCCUUAAAAGAAGGACGGCCUGGCCAACCGGAGACAAAGACUGGUGUAACUCGGGGCGGAAGGCUGAGUUGGAAAUGGUGAUGCUCGGCGACGGUCGGCUGACGACCCAAUAGGGCAACCCACUACUGAGAAACCAGGGGUUUCGGCCUGGGCUCAGAGAACCAGUGAUGGAAGUCUAUCCUUUUCGCUCGUGCCAGCACGGCUCCUCACGGAGCGCGGAGGAAUGUCACGCAUGGAAGUAGGGACCUUAAAUACAUAUCAUUAAUUUAUUUAUUUAUUUAAAUCUGCAUUCCAGCACUUUGAUGUGGACGGAAACGGGAAAAUUACAAAAGAGGAGCUUAGAAAUGUUUUAACUGGAGGAGACCUAGGCUUGAAUUUGCCUCAGAGAGAUGUAGAAGCAAUGAUUUCAGAAGCAGAUAGGGACAGAGAUGGAGCAAUUGACUAUAUGGAAUUCAUAAAUAUGAUGGCGCACCGAAGCUAG